AUAUAUACGCUAUACAUAUAGCUCAUUACUUCAUUCAAAUCGUAUAACAUGAGAUUGUUUGUAUGUGUUUUUCUGCUUCUUACGUGUAACCUCAUUGAAGGAAAAAGCUGUAUACAAGAUGGACAAUGUAAAUGCAGAUUUGAUGACGGAAGUGGAACAGUUGAUUUAACCCAAAUCGGUAGACAAGACGGAACACCUUUGAUGCAAGAUCAGUUUGCCCCGGACAACUACGCAUAUUCCUUCAAUCCCUGUUACCCAUUCACUGAAGGGACAUGUGUCAACGCAGCGGCUUGUCAGUAUGACUCUAGCAACAACAUUUAUUAUAACAUUGGAGAUUCAUCAAAAGUCACACUAUCAUAUGAUGGCACUAACGUGAUAGGGACUUACGUUUCUGACGACAGGGCUAGGUCAAGUACUGUAACAUUUCAGUGUGAUCCAAAUGCAGACCCUCCAACAGAUACUGCUGCGGGAGAAGUUUCUACUGGAACAUAUGCAUUUACAGUAACUUCGAAAUACGCAUGUCCAUCAUCUCUAUCAACCUCUACAUCAACCUUUACGCCAACACCAACAUUUUCACCAACACCAAAACCAAGAGAAAGGUGUUUAACAAAUUUCGGUGACUUUACAAAGAAAUGUUCUAAAUCAUAUGAUGGUACUGAUGGGUCAAUAAAAGUCUUAAUCAUUGACGACUGGGACGGCAGCUGUAAAUUUCCCGCUAACGAAGAUGUCGCUCUGAGUCUUUACAAUACAGAUAACUCUACAUGUGAUGAUGUCAUGACGAGUUGCAAUCCUCUACAAGCCUUUUCGGUCAAUGGUUACGUUUGUAAAGCGGUGACUGAUCCAAGGAAGAAUACUUCGAAUGGAAACAAAUUAGGCAUUUGUUUUGAUAACCAUCUUAAAAUAGCAAUGUUAAUUUUAUUUUGUUACAUAUUUCAACAUUACUGAGUAAUCGGUUUAUAAAUCGAAAAUUAUUAAAUAAAGAACCAUAUCGGUUUUAGUAUUGUACACCCAAAGUUUAGGGGAAAAACCUGUGUUGUGUUAUAUUAUUUUACAGUAAACAGCUGCACUUUAAUUUGAAAAAAGACACAGUCAUCGAAAGACGGUUAAAAGAGCGAGGGGUGUUCUAAAAGUUAUGAUACUAGCCUUAUAUGACUGAUCAAAACAGCGUGCAAGACGUUUUCACAGUUUCGUUUGAUUAUGUAGUUUCUUAAACUGGACAUUCAUACACCCUAAAAAAACACAAGAUUUCGAUGGGGGUAUUUCACUGCGGGAAAUCACAUGAUCAAAAUAAUCUCUAAACCAAAAUAAAAAUAUGAAUAAUAUUGGAUAAUAUUCAAGAAUCUUUUGCUGUAAAUUUAAAAUAUAGCCUAUCAUAUCCCAAUAUACAUGUAUCCUAAAACUACAUAGAUUUCAAUCACAAUAGCCUUUUGAUUAUCUGGAACACUUCAAGAAACUGAUACUUAUUAUUUUCCUUAGUGUUUGUAACUACAGGACAUCUAUCAUUAUUGUCAACUACAUGUUAAUUUAAAAAUUUUCAUUAGUCACAUGAUAGACUACGUUUAAAUUUCAUAUCUUAUCAUGACAGGAAAUUUAUUCAUGUUCUUCAAAAUAUAACUUUGGUUUAGAGAUUAUUUUGAUCGUGUGAUUCCCCACAGUGUAUUUCUCCCAAAACAAAGUGCAAAACCAUGAAGAGGAACUUUUAAACCCACUCAGAUUUAACAUAUUACAGAUUUUAGUGAUUGAUAAACGACACACAUACCAGUUUGUUAAAACAUAUCUCGCUAUGUUCCAAAUUAAUAUCAAUGACAAUUUAUAUUCUAGCGUCCUGUGAUAUAGAUAGAGGACAUUAUACGUGAGAUUUUUUAUACUGAAUUUAUUAAACGAGUUGAAUAAAUCUUUAAAAAAAAUGUGAGACUUUACCUUUCUUUCCUAUGUAACGAGUUUAAUAAAUGUUAUGUGGAAAGACA